UUGUCUGAUUCACUCUCUCUGGUCAACGGAUCUAAGUCAGCUGAACUUCCUAUCAAUGGCGAGGCGACUGACAACUCUUUCUCACCGGGCUACGGUUUGGACUCCACCUUGUUUCGAUGGGUGCUGUGCGGCCAGCUAGACGCAGGGCCUCGUUCACCGGCCUAUCAAAUCUGUCGAGACGGUUAUCCGACCGAUGAUAGCCUGGCUCGCCUUCGUACUGUUCGCACACUUAGCAUUGCUAGUUCUCCACCACCGGGCAUGAAUGCACCUCUCGAUAUUCUUGCAGGUUUCGAUUCUAUCGACAAGACCUCCGAAAAUUUCUUUAAUGCUCAUCGGUCCUCUCCGAAUAAUGCAAAACCAUUCGUAUCGACGAAAAAG